AUGGGUCCUUGGGUAAGCCCGGGGGGCCACGGUCUGGUAAGAGUGGACGACGGGGGUGCAGCCUCUCUUCCCAGUGUUCCCACCACACACGCACACACACGCACACAACACCAACCACUCUCUUGAUUAAGAAAGCUCUUUCCUCUGCACAUUCACCACACACCUCUCAGGUGCUGCCCUUCACGACGACUCCGACGACGAUACCCUCCCCUCCUCCUCCUUUCUCUUCCGCUCGUGUGGUCUUUUGCAACUUCUUCUAGGCUCAAAUUCUGUCUUCAAUGUCUUGGUGAACUUGUCGACACGGUCUCUGUUGGAACGCGUGAGCGACGUGUAGUAGCCUCCCACGUCGCGUGCUUGUCCACAGAGCAGCAACCCCCCCGCCUCUCGCAGCCACCACAACCACCACCACAGAUACUCACGUUCUGUCUCGUCCUCUCUCUCAUUUGCAGCGCCUCCGAUCCACUCAGACCCGACCGAUAAUAUUUCAACAGCCUUCUCACAUCAAACAUAUUGAUUGGGCAUUUUUAUGGCAGCCAUAUCCCUAUCACCGAAUCCCAUCCCUCCUUCGGCCAUGUCCACCAGACGAACGCCUUUGUCUAGCAACCCCAAUGUGGUCAAUUCACCCUUGAGAGCCGCUUCUGCUCUGGCCCACGCCAAACAGAAGCGCUCUCAUGCCAACAUCCAACGGGAGGAGCUCUACGCCCAGCCGCCCCCGUUCAAGAAGCAGGUUGUCGAAAAUGUCGGCUCGCGUCAGCUUCGGUCGCCCUCAAAAGUCACAAAGGCUUCCCAACUUCCCCAGCGAGUCGGCCGUCCCAUAACAAAGGAACGAUCAACACACCACGAUGACUCUAGUAAUGUCGAGAGGAUCCGCCAAUGGCAGGCAGAGUACCGCGGGAGGUUUCCCAAAAUGGUCUUUUACUUUGAUAGUGUCCCGGAAGACCAGAGGGCCAAGCUUACCCGUCAAGCCCAGUCUCUUGGAGCCAGAGACGAACGAUUCUUCUCCAGUAGCAUCACCCACAUUGUGACCGCCCGACCGAUACCUGCGCAGGAAGACGUGCAAGCUGCUGCACACGACGCCGAGCUCGAGGAGCAGCCUCAAACCAUCAACCCUUCCCUUCUCGACCGGUCUACCGACGCACGAAGACGUCUCCUGCUAGAGACGACCUCGAGGCGAGCUCAAGCUCACGAUGACAGAACCCGGAGGACGAGGUCAACCCAGAGCAACGAUGUUCUUCACAAGGCUCGGGACAUGGGGAAGAAGAUUUGGUCGGUGGAGAAGUUCCAGAGGAUAUUGCAGUUUCUGCUGGAGCCCGACCCGCAUGUCGUCGCGGCAUAUGGCGCCAACCGCGAUUCUGCAAGAAACGUUGGAACAAAGAAGGCUACGGAGGAGCCCGGUCUGCUGCAGCUCUUGCAGCAUGAGCGGCUGAACGGUCCCUCGGAUGCUGUCACGAGCCGGGAAAUGAUCAACUUCAAGGGGCCAUAUAUCUACAUCUACGACAUCGACGAGAAGCAGAAGCCUAUCAUGGUGCGGGAGUAUCCCAAGGUCAACAACAAGUACCACGGCGAGUGGCCCCAGUUCAGGACUGUUACCGAGGGCCGAUGCCCAUUUGUCGAAGAGCCAGAACCCGUUGAACGGCCCAGUAGGAAACCGUCAACGCAGCAAAAGGAUCCGAAGGAACACAAGGAGCGUGUCGCCAAACCUGCGGCCGAGGAGAGCCCGUCUCUUCAGCCUCCCGAAGUGCCUGCGCCAAAGGCAGCCAUUGGCAAGCGCUCGCUUUCUGAGAUGCAAGAGGGCCAGAACAAGUUGCGGGCUGCCAUGAAGCCAAUGGAUGUGUUCAACCCUCCCAAGGCCGUGGUAUCAACCCCGAUUGAUUUCGGGCGGACUCAACAUGCUUUCACUGGACGGACCGGGAACGGGCGAUUCUUGGCCGGCGAGCCCGUCGCCUCUGGAUUGCAGCCUUCGAAUGUGACUUCAGCUAUCCGAUCGAAUAUGAUCUCGUCUACCUCUGGUAUCAACGGGGCCAAGGCCGGUACGAGUAAGGAGGUGCAUGGUUUGCAACGCAAGGUGUUGCAGCGGGGUGCGCCCGUUCCCCAAGACGCCAGCUCCCGGCGGCUCACGGAGAUGUCUCUGGAAGCGACAUCUACUAGAUCUACUAGUGUUUCUCGAACCACCAGCAGGCGUAUGGAGCUCAUUGAAGAGGACGCCGAGAAGCAGAGCUCCAAGCUCUCAAGAACCAGCUCCAAGACCCAGGCUCCGCCUGCUAAGAGCAAGCGCGACCUGAAGCCUGGCUACUGUGAGAACUGCCAGGACAAAUUUAAGGAUUUUGACGAGCACAUUCUCACACGCAAGCAUCGCAAGUUUGCCGAAAACACUGACAACUGGGCCGAGCUGGACGACCUUCUCAGCCAACUAGGCCGGGUUCCCAGAUACCGAUCUAAACACUCACGCGACGACGAAUACACGGACGACUCCUUGUAGACCAGGCCAACCCAUGGACUCCUCGUCAUGUCGCCCAACACUUUGACACCGACUCUGCCCUGCUUCCCAAUGUUCUUCUCGAUCCCCCACUUGCCGUUGCAAUGCACGGCGCAUUGUCAUCAUAAAGCUACGGAUACGUUCCACCGUUGUGGAAUCAAUGAUACCAGUAGACUGUCCAACAUGAAACCAUGUUUGGUUUCCGGUCAUGUUUAUUUUCUCUUCACUUCGUCUUUCACUAAUAGGUCGGCUCGCAUUGAUAUCAUUGCAUGCACAGUGGCGUUUGGCAUGGAUUAUCUUAUACCACGACGGCUCAAUUUUCCAUUUUCUUUUUUGGCGCGGGCAGGGCGGCGGCACAUUGUCGGCCAUCAGCAUCAUUAUCACCAGAGGCCGUAUAUGCGAUAGGAGGAGAAAGUAGGACGGCGCGUCUUAAUGAACCACGGUGUAGAUAUCACAUUGAACAGUCUAUGCUUGUGUAUACUGUACGUUGAACACGAAAAAAAGCUGCAUGGUUUGGGAAAGUAGGAUGCUGCGGGUGUCGUGAAGCAGCCCGAGUGUUUGUGUUAUUCAGAACAAGGCGUUGAGGAUAAUUCAAGCAUUUCAUACACCC